GAAGAUGGGUGUGCAGCAGAUCUCAACUGUCGUAACUGAAGAUAGCUAACGUUAGCUAACAGUAGCUAGCUAACUAACAAAUCUGUCUCGACUUAAGCACCAAAGUCAACCGAACAACAUGCCUCCUCGGAAAAAGCGAGAGAACAGAGACACCGAUGAUUGUCCCAGGAAACGACGACGAGCUCAGGAAGAGGGCAAUGUCGUCAUCUCAGACAGCGACGAGGAUGAAGACUUCAGACCAACAUCAUCAUCAUCAAGAGGGGAGCGCAAACAGGAGAAGGAGAGUAGAACACGAUCAAACGAGAUGACAGAGGAGGAGAUGCUGGACCUGGCCAUGAGACUGAGUAAACAGGAGGCCAGCAGCGCUGCUCUCCGGCAACGACAGGAGGAGGAGGCCGUGAGGAAGGCCAUUGCUGAAAGCCUCUACGCAGACAGCCCUACUCAUCCCCACUCAGAAUCUUCGCUCGGUGCAGGGAGCCCUACCCAACAAUGUCAAAAUUCUCCUCCAGAGGGAGAGAGCAGCAUACAGCCCCCCAGGCGUAAGCUCUCCUACCCUAACCAUGGUGUGGCUGACAGGGAGGGAGCCCGCGGUGGAGGUGUGCCUCCCUCAGACAGGAGGGGGAAGAAGGAGGGAAGCCCAUUACUAGAUAUGCCUGACCUGUCUCAGACCCAGAAGGUCUACUUCCAGUCCUCCCCCCUCAGCCAAGCUUCCACCUCAGUACCUCUCCCAUCCUCACAGGAGGAGGGGUCUUCUCAGAGGAACCUUUUCGGAGACCGCUCAGCCAACGCAAUAGAAUCUCAGGACUACAACAACUCCACAAAGAGUGACUCCCAGUCCCAACUCAGGAUCAAGUCCCCUGUUUUCCCUUCCACUACAGCUCCCCAAGCCAGCAAACCUGUCCUGUGCCUGGAGAAGCUUAGCCAGGACCUCCUAGUAGACUGUCAGGCCUCUGGGUUCCUACUAAAGGGUCAUCCUAGCUUAACGCUUCCCACAAAGUCCCAGAAAUCUCAAUCUUAUCAGCCCGAGAGCCCCACAUUCUCCAAUACCCCUGUGUUUUCUGAAACAGAGAGAGGUGUGGAACCAGGCCAAAGUACUCUCUCCUUUCCUAAACGCGCCAUGUUCUCUAAUAGUGAUUCAGUAGAGGAAGAAAAAGAGGCCAGUCCCACCGUUCCUAAAAGCCUGGUCUUUUUCAAGACUGACAGAGGAAAGGCAGAGGCACAAGGGAGUACAACUUCUCCUAAAAGCACCGUGUUCUCUAAGACUGAAAGAGGACCAGAAGAGAAAGAGACCUUCUCCGGAAGUCCAGUCUUUCCCAGAACUGAUCAGAUAAGGGACCAGGGUCCACAGAGCUGUGUUGAACAUGUCUCUACAACAGGAGACUAUGAGGAUGGAGACAGAGAUGAUGUUGUGAAGAGCAGGGAUGCCUCCGAGUGCCUUCCACCACGCCCCAGAACAACCCUGUCCCUGAACAAGAGAUUUGUGCCUAUAAGGAAGACCGCUGGAGUUUCAGACAAAGUUGUUGACCAAGAGGAACGUGAGGGUGAAUCCUCGCAGAGAACUGUAAACAGGAUUAGCACGCCUGCAAAGUUGGCUGCAGAAGAAGACCUUAAUUCAGAGGAGCUUACAUUGGCUUUGGAAACUCAGCCAAUGCAGGAGUUAACCAGUAAUAUAGCGCUACGCUGGUCAGAUGACGACGGAGAGGAAAAUGGUCCUGAAAAGUCAGCUCACUCACCCAGCCCAGUCUUCCCAAAGGAGAAUGACCUCCCUCAGUCAAGCAACCAGGGUCUCUCCCCAAACACCCACCACCAGCGUUCCCCCCAACACAGACACAGCCCCUGCCUCGUCCCCAAGAAACGCACUCACAACUUCAAAGGCGCCACGUGCGAGGAGGGGGAGAGCCAGUCCAAGUGCAUCCGGAAGAAGUUCACAUUCAAGGGCAUGUAUGGAGCCCCCUCUCUUCUCAGACAGGCUGCAGGUAGAAGGAGCCAGGAUGAGGCCAAAGCCGGAAGCACCUCGUCCCACCAGCCCCUGGCCUCCUCCAGCCGCCUCUCCCCCCCCACAGACGGCCAGCGUGAUGGGGGAGUGGUGCGCUACUACUGGGGUGUGCCUUUCUGUCCACGGGGGCAGAACCCAGACGCCUACACACAGGUGAUCCUGUCCCAGCUGGAGGUGUAUGAGAAGAGCCUGAAGGAGGCCCAGAGGGGUCUGCUGAGGAAGGCAGGCUGGGGGGAGCCAGUCCUCCCUGGGCCCCCAGAGAAACCCUUCUCCAGGAGGGGACGCCUCGAGAGACGCAGGGCCCCACAACUCCUGGAAGAGGAGAGGGGGGGGAAAUGUCAGGAAGAGCUAGUGGAGGUGGUAGAGGAUGGUGAGGGAGAGAAGAGGGAGAGACAGCGGUCACGGAGGGGGGAGGGAGGGAGGAGAGGAAGACAGGAGUGGAAGGACUGCCAGGAUCUGUUUGUGUCCUCUCCUGAACAAGAGGAAAAAUCUCCCUCCCCUGUAUUUCAUGCAGAUACCAGUCAGCUAGUUCUACUUCAACGGAGACUUGGCCUUAGAAGAGAAGAGGAAAGACUAGCAGAAAAACAACUGCCUGAUUUACUGGAGGAGAGGGAGGAAGACGAGAAGGAAGAAAAGAUGGAUGAUAAAGAGAGUGGAGAGAAGAGGGAGGAGGAAGAAGUGGAUGUCGGAGGCUUAGAAGUUCCAGAGACCCAACUCAGUGACGACAGCACUCAAGACCUCAUUGUCACCAGCCCUGCACAGCCCCAGCCAGAGAGCCAGUCCCUUCCUCAGAUCCAGACCUUUCUUUCAUCACCCCGUCCCCUGGAACAGCGUGAAGAGGGGAUGUUGGUGGUUGGAGAGGAGGAGGGGCGGAGGAGUAGCCCUGUGGGGAUCCCUGCUGUAGGAGAGGAUGUUCGGAUGGAGGAGGAUAUUCCAGAGCCUGCCUUCCCUCGGAGCCCCAGCAUGGACUGUCCCAUGUGCAUGCGUCUCUUCCCCCUGACGGAGAUUGAGAUGCACGCUGCCUACUGUGACGGGACCACCGGUAUCAUGGAGGAGGAAAUGGCAGAGGAGAGCCACUUGCAGGUUUCAGUCAAGGCUCGUAGGAAGAGGACCAGAAGGGGAGAGAUCAUUGGAGAGGAGCAGCCCAGCUCUUCUGGCUCUGGCAAGGUGGUACAGGGAGAGAAGUGCUUCCUGUAUCAGCAACUAUAUCCUCUCAAGGACCAUGAGAAGCAUGUAGAGGACUGCAUCAAGAACAAAGAGGUCUCCAAGGCUGCACCCAGAGACGGACAGCUCUUCUGGUCUUCUGUCUGUGUGACGAUCUUCCAGAGUGGAGACUUGCUCAGUGCUCUGGACCAGACAGAGCAUAUAUAUUCAGGGACUGCUGAGGCUGAACCAUGUGAUACCACCUUCAAUAACCAACAAAGUGGCCUGAUUGAUGAUCUGGACACAGCAGAAUCUGGGGGAAGAGGAGACGCGCCCCAGGUUUCAGAUGAUUCUAUAUCCUCCCAGAUGAGCAGCAAGAAGACCAAGAGGGCCAAACUUAGCCAGGAUUCCUCAGACCAAGGGAAAGUGUCUCUGAGUAGGAUGAGGACCUAGGAGAGGUGUCAUCUCACCUGCAGAAAGACCUGAAUGAAUGACUGGGCGAAGACACCAAAAGGCUCCUCUUAAGAUGCUUCCCACCUUUGUGAGGACCACACCUAAUGGAACAGAGACUGGUGACUUCCUGGCACUAGACCUGGGAGGGACUAACCUACAUGUCCUCUAUUUGAAGUUAUGAGAGGAGGAUCAGCAGCAUGAAAGAUGUUUUCACCAUCCUUGAGGAGGUUGAUACUUCUGGAAAGGUAUGUGUUAACAUGCGAGUGUUGACCCACAGUGUUAAAUGUAACACUUUAUUUGUGUGUGUAUGUGACCCACCGAAAGAGUGUAAAACUAACACUUUUCAAAGUGUUGACAAACUAACAGCCUAAGAGUGUUGGGUCUGUAACACCGUGGUGUUGCAAAUUCUGACUUAAAAUAACACUUAGUAGUUUUGCAGUCAUUCUUGCAGUGUUGUUUUAGCGUUGUAGGGUGUAGAGCAUUAUUUGCAUAUUUCCCAGCAUGCAUUUCAAGUGAAUGUUAGUGAUACCCACCCAUGACUGUGUUUGGUAGUAACAAAGACAUGGUUUUGCAGUCAACAUUAAGUCACUGCCUGAGUGAAUGUUUUUUAAUUAAAGUGAACUAUUUAUGUAGAUAUAUUAUACAUUUCGUAAGGCCUAGUUUUCCCCCAAUAUUGUGGUCUGAUGAUCCUGGUUCAAGGGCCAUAUAAAAUCUGCAAGUCACAAUAUGCUGGUUUUUGAAGUGAUUUGUAAUUCCUAUUGGAAUCCUGCCAGAGGGAGGAUAUUCAACGAUUUUUAUCACCCACAACCAGCAUUCAGAAUGACUGCUAUGGUAAAGUACUAGCUAAUGAAGAAUACCUAAACCAUCUAACCACAUACAGAUUGGAUUAGUACAUUUAUUUUUAAUUUUUGGGGGGAUUAGUUUAGAUUUGUUAUUUAUGUCUGUGUAGUACUAUUCUAAAAAUCAACCUGCAACAAAGCAUGCUGGGAAAUGUGUUGAGGCCCCUCCCUAGUACAUCUUUUUCACUCAGAGUUAACAGAAAUGAACUCGACUCAGUUGAGUAGCAACACCACACGGUGUUGAUUCACACUUGAUUUAUCCCACUGGUGUUAACUCCACUAGAAUAACACUCACCUCCACACUAAGAUUUUAACACCUUCAAAUUUUAACUCCGAGAGAGACCUCAGGAAAAUAACUGAAGUUAGUGUGAAAGCGGAGAGUGUCGCAGAAGAAGAAACAGAGAAUCCAUCCACGUUCCUCGCAAAACCAUGAGCAGCAAUGAGCUCAGAUGCAGAGGCUGUGCCAGUGGGUUAAUUUAAAACUGCCUUGUUCAGGAGCAGAACAACAGAUUUUUACCUUGUCAGCUCUGGAAUUUAAUCUUACAACCUUUCGGUUA